AUGGGAAAAACUUCUUCAAAAGAUACACGAAGGCCACAUGGGAGUGAAGAGAGGCAUCCUUUAUUUCCUCUGUUAGCGCUGGUUUUUGAGAAAUGUGAGUUAGCGACCUGCACUCCACGAGAACCCGGCGUAGCAGGCGGUGACGUCUGCUCGUCUGACUCCUUUAACGAGGACAUAGCAGUAUUCGCAAAGCAGGUCCGCGCAGAAAAACCACUGUUCUCUUCUAAUCCCGAACUGGAUAACUUGAUGAUUCAAGCUAUACAAGUGUUAAGGUUCCACCUCUUGGAGUUAGAAAAGGUUCAUGAACUGUGUGAUAACUUCUGCCACCGGUACAUUAGUUGUUUAAAAGGGAAAAUGCCCAUAGACUUAGUCAUCGACGAGCGAGAUGGAAGUUCCAAAUCUGACCACGAAGAACUGUCCGGAUCAUCGACAAAUCUUGCAGAACAUAAUCCAUCAUCUUGGAACAGGGACCAUGAUGACGCAACAUCAACGCACUCGGCUGGUACACCAGGACCCUCCAGCGGGGGCCAUGCUUCCCAAAGUGGGGACAACAGCAGUGAGCAAGGUAAGAGGUUAAUUCUCUUCAACUCAAAAAUCAGCAUGACUAAACAAACCCCACCUUGCCCUGAUCAAGCAGCAUGCGUCAUAAAGUAA